GGUGGGAAAACAGUUUAAAGCUUAGCAUGCAGCUCAAUCCAAAUACUACAGCUGUUCGCGUGUAGAAGCAGUUUAACGCGUAUCUGAAGGUUAAAUGGAGUCUAGAACGGCUCUAGAAUGGCUGUAGAAUGGCUGUAGAAUAUGGUCUGUGCUUGUAAAUCGUGCGCGGAUGAGCUGAAGCGUCGCUAGUUAGCCCGGGUAGCUAAGCUAGGGGGUCUGGUUGAGUCUGGUGGAUGAAGACACUUGUUUAUUAGAUGUUUAUAAGCGGUUAUUAACCCGCAGCGAUGGCGAGCGUACACGAGAGUCUGUACUUCAACCCUAUGAUGACCAACGGGGUGGUCCAGGCCAACAUCUUCGGCAUUAAGGACUGGGUCACGCCGUAUAAGAUCGCGGUUCUGGCUCUGCUUUAUGAGAUGGCGACGACCAAGUCCAUCGCUCUUCUGGACCGGAGGCGGUUAAACAAGCUCAUUCUGCCCCUGCAGCAGGGUCCAGAUUUAACGUUCGAGCAGUUCCUGAAGACGGUGAAGGAAUGCUGCCCUCGUAUGGUGAACGCUGUGAAGCUCAGGCUCUUUCCGAUGGCGGACAGUGAGCUGCAGGACAUGGAGCACUUCUUCACCAUUCUGCCCAACGCGUUCAGCGAUUCUGAAGCCUUUAAGACCAGCGUUGUGGGUCUGUUUAUGCGCCAGAUGCUGCUGGCCUAUAAUAAGCUCUCCUUCAGUCAGGUCUAUAAGCUCUUCCGCUCGCUGCAGCAGUACAGCCACCGCGGAGGCCGACCCCAGUGCGACCUCUCUGCCCUGACCACUGAGGACAUGGAGCUGACCAGCAACGAGGACACCAGCGUCGACCCAAUGGAGAAGGAUGAGCUGGACAUGGGAGCGCUGCACCAGUCGGACCUCCGCUCUGGCGAGACUCGAGGGCCACUCUCUCAGAAACAGGCCGAAUACUUCCUCGCCCGACAGGCAUACCUGUUGAAGAAUGAUGAGAAUAAAGCCAUGAAGCCGGCGAAGCUGCAGGACGAACUCAACAACAUCCUCAAGUUCAACCCGGAUUUUGCUGAGGCGCACUAUCUGAGCUAUCUGAACAGCAUGCGUGUUCAGGACGUGUACAUCUCCACCCACAGCCUGCUGCACUACUUCGACCGGCUCAUCCUGUCGGGAGGAGAAGGGAAGAGUAACGGUGAUGAGGGCUACGGACGCAGCCUGCGUUACGCCGUCCUCAAUCUGGCAACCCUGCACUGCCGCUUCGGACACUAUCAGCAGGCCGAUCUGGCCCUGCAGGAAGCCAUUCGGAUCGCGCAGGAGGCCAAUGAUCACGUCUGUCUCCAGCACUGCCUGAGUUGGUUGUACACAUUGGAGCAGAUGAAGGGGUCCGACAGCGUGGUGCUGACCGAAGACUCUGUCAAAAUGGCUGCCCACUUUUGUUUACCUUACCUGGCGUCUCUGGGAAUUCAGUCUCUGGUCCAGCAGGGGGCGCUGCAGGGCAUGCCGGCCAAUAAGCUGCUGGACGCUCUGCGGGGGACGGACAUCAUGCACUGGAAGCAGAGCCUGUCGGAGCUGAUAGACAUCAGUCUGGCUCAGACCGCGUCGAUAUGGAGGAUGUAUGGAAAGAGCACUAUGGCCCGGCAGCAGGCGCAGCUCCUGCUGAACAUGAACAGUCUGGAGCCGGUGAACUUCGGCGUUCAGCAGAACAACACAGAGCCUUUCGCCAUUGCGCUGUGCCACCUGGCGGAACUCCACGCAGAGCAGGGUUUCUAUGGAGCUGUGACUGACAUCGUUAAACAUCUGAAGCAGCAGUUUCCUCCUCACACUCAGCACGCCAAGCUGUGGAUGCUCUGUGACCUGAAGAUCCAGUUUGAGAAAGCAAUGAAUGAUGGGAAAUAUCACCUGGCAGAGCCCCACGUCACAGCCAUUUCAGCCCUGAACGCCACAGAGGGGCUGUACAGGAAAGCUCAGCUGCUGAAGGCUUUAAAUCAGACGUCAGACGCCUCCAGGGUCCUGCAGCGCGUUCAGCAGCUCAGUGAGAAGAACAAGAACACGGAGAUGAUCAUCAGGGUGAUGCUGGCCACCGCGGACCUGCACUGGGACUCGUCCGGAUUUGCCACGGCGCUCCCGCUCCUACUUCAGGCCUUAGCUUUAGCACGACAGCACAACCUGCAGAGCCUGGAGUCCGAGACCGUGCUGCACCUGGCCUUCACACAGCUGAUGUUGGGGGUCCCGGAGCAGGCUCUGGCUCUGGUUCAGGACGUGCUGGAGUGCGUGUUGGCUCAUGGUUCUGUGCUGGAUAAGGCCCGGGCUCUGCUGCUGGCCGCCCGCUGUCAGGCUGCUCUCGCUGCGACGGCGCCGGAGGAACACAGGCUGCGCGCUGUAGAGCUGUGUGUGGAGACUCUGGGUGAAGCUGCUCUGUAUUUCUCUCAGCUGAACUGUAAGCAGCGUCUGAGGGAGGUUUAUUACCUGCAGGCUCGCCUCCAUCACAGUCUGGGAAACGUCUCCGAGAGGAAUAAAAGCGCUCUGCUGUUCCGCCUCCUCAACCAGGAGCUUCCGCAGUCGGCCAGCGCGGCCGUCCCUCUGCUCUGACCCGCCUUCGCCACAGAACCCCGACCCGCGGGGAACCGUCUCCACUGCAGCACUGAAGCUUCUGUUAUUUGAUACUUGUGAGGAUGUAAAAUGUAAAAAGUGAUAAAUAAAAUUUAUUUUGGACCAGAAA